AUGGAGGCUGUGCUGUUAGCUGUCGUGCUUUCUGCGCUGUCGGUAUCUUACGCCGACAUCCAGUCCAUAAGUUAUCCUGCCAAGCUUGAAGAGUUAUAUAAAGCCUUUGGUAGUAGUGAUGCGGUGGAGCGAAUAGGGGAAAGCAUUGGUAGCUACAGCAUUUCUACCUUCGCAUUUAAGAAUCACCAAAAGAUCAACCCGUAUGUGCCUACUGACGCUGUACGUAACUACAUCAACAAAGCAUCGCAGAAUAACUUCAGAACCAGGCGAAAACGGGCAUCUUUUUUACCCCAGGGACAGUAUAGGUUACGGAAGGAGUACCGGAUGAUGAGUAAUAAAGAGAGAAACACCUACCAUUAUUGUAUGAAUCAACUUAGAUUCAACACUACAGUUAGCGGUACGAGUGGAUAUGGGGCGUUGGAGUCUUUACACAAAGAAAACAUUAACGCUCACGGAGGGGUGAGCUUUCUGGCAUGGCACAGGGUCUACCUUUGGGCAUUAGAGAACGCAUUAAGAAAUUUAGGAGGUGAUUGCAGUCAGUUGACAUUGCCAUACUGGGACUGUACUGCAGAGUUCUACGCUAAUAGUAUCGCAGUCGACUCUGCAAGACAUUCAGCGAUCUUCUCAGAACAAUUCGCAGGGAGUGGGACUGGGUAUGUUCAGGAUGGACCGUUUAAAGAUUGGGGUCUUUUCAGACAGGUCGUGGAACAGGGGGAUUUGUUUAGCCGUGCCCGUAUUGAAGAGUUAAAGUCUGAUGGGACAAAUUAUUUAAUAGCAAAUCCAUUUUCUUAUUAUUCGUUAGAAAUGAAUCAUAAUGGAAUACACAGGUUUGUAGGAGGCGGUCUUUUGUCUAUAACUCUUGCCCCAAGAGAUCCUAUCUUCUUUUUACUGCAUUGCUAUAUCGAUUAUGUUUGGGAGGAGAUUAGACAGGCUAUGACAGAUAGAGGCCUGGAUCCAUCAGUAUACCCGUGGACAUGGGAUGAUGAUCACUCUAGUGAUAAAGCUAUGUCGGGGUUUCCGUCAUGGACAAAUGAGGAGGGGUAUUCUAACCUGUGGUAUGAGAGACAUGUACGGUACCAGCCGUCAUUCAGCUGUCAGGACGGCACUUGUAGCAAUACUGAAGGUUUGGAAUGCGUCAAUAUUGUAGACGAAGGUCAACAAUGUAUGGCGGUUCCUUUACAAGAUACGAAUAAUGGCAUUACAACUACUCCACCCAGUAAUGACAUAACAACGUCGUCACCCGACAAUGACGUAACAACAGCUCCACCCGAUAAUGACGUAACAACAGCUCCACCCGACAAUGACGUAACAACAGCUCCACCCGAUAAUGACGUAACAACUUCUUCACCCGACAAUGACGUAACAACUGCAUCACCCGAUAAUGACGUAACAACUGCCCCACCCGAUAAUGGCAUCACAACCCCUCCAACAAAUAUUGACACGUCUGUUCCACCGACCACUACACUACCGUGGUGGUUUUGGUUUGGGAGGAGAAGAAAACGUGAAGCAACUCGUCAAAGUCGCCAUGACUGUACUUCCAAACAUAUUGGUAGAGCCACACAAUCGAAGGUCCAUGUGUGUGAUAGUCACACUUGUCCAUCAGCACCGACGUCUAUGCAAAACACGUAUACAAUAAAUGACGUCACUGACGCUACUCAGUGGGUCUAUAUUCCAAUAAAAGUAAUCUAUGAAAGACCUCGAGGACUGAAAUUCCACGCUUUUGCUUCCUACAGUAGAAAAACCGCCCCGGCCAUCAAUUCAACCAUGGACAUAUUUGACCCAGCAUUCAACUCAUAUUUAGAACGGCACUUGUAUACCGGAGACGGCCGUCCAUACGAGUCCUGCCGAAUUAAUGAUGCAGGCUCCGCCAAAGUCUUUAUUAGGGCUGACGGCAUUAACUACAGUGGAACCUCUAUGGAAUAUGCAAUCGUAGACGAGCGAUUUCCACUAAGUUCGCAAAAAGCAUUCAUCCCGAUAAAGGACCCUACUGCUAAUCAUACAGAAGUGUGCUUAAUGGCGUAUGAUUCGUGUGGCCGACUCUGCCUUCCCACGUGUCACCUGAAGGGUACACAGCCGUCUUCAUAUACACCUUGUACCGGAUGUAUCAGAGUCACUAAUACCUUCCCUAAAAUGUACGGUCGGUCUAUUGCUGAUAUUGUCGCUAACCAAUGGACAUUCAACAAAGCUGCCAACACAGAAUUCCUUGACCCUGUCGAGUCAGAUAAGGAUACAUUUUUAAAGUUUGUGUGUGACGCUUCUUCAAAAUUUCCAUGGCAACGACAGAAACCUUGAUUGAAAUGCCUACAAUUAUUUCUCAACCAGGAAGGAA